AUGAACUCUGUUGGCCUGCCUAACAUGUACUGGCAACUCCUUCCCCCAUCGUCUGGAGGCUACAGUUACAACCCCAACAAUGAUUCUGGUGAUCCUUUUGGUAUCUAUACUAACUCUGGGGUCCAUUUGGCGGGCCCGAUCAAUGGGGCUACCUCAUCGGGGGCUGCUCAAGACUGGACUGGCAGAAGAGUGGAGAGGCAAUGGGUUACUGCUGCAAUUGAAGACAAGGAAUAG